AUGAUCUCGAUUUGGCGUCAGCUGCGAUACCUGCUCUGGAAGGGGUAUUUGGUGAAGAAGCGGCAAAAGAAAUGGUUUGUGGCAGAGCUGGUGACUCCGCUCGUGCUCUUCAUCAUCCUCGCCAUUAUCCGGCUCUUUCACUUCGCGACCGAAGGAGUUGAAUGCCAUUUCGACUCAAAAGGCUUCCCGUCGGCGGGCCUCCUGCCCUUCACCCAAUCCUUUCUCUGUUCGAUCAACAAUAAAUGCUACCAACGGGUCACCACUGGCGAUGAAGGCUUUUUCAUUAACGAGGAUACAUCCAAUCAAUCCGCCCUGGUCAGAAGUGUUCGCGAAUUGACAACCCAGUUUGAGAAUAUUGGAUCGGAACAGGCGCUCUUCAACGACAUGGUGGGCGUAAGCGUGGCUGUGCUGAAAUUUCUCGCCAACCAUGAAGGCCUUCGAAUGGAUAUGUUGUUCGAGAAGCGCAAAACAGCCAAACACUUCCGAAGUCUUGACCUCUCACCCGAAAUGGCCGACGCCAUGGCCGGGGCCUACAUCACACCCCGAGGAAUGCUGGAACUCCGUGAAUAUGUUACCACUCACCAGGGUGAUGAUCUAUUCGACUUGGUGCUGUCCGCCUGGGAAGAAGUGCCGAUGUUCUGCAACCGCACUGUUUUUGACGAUUCGUUCUCGUUUCCGGCGGGCUUCAACAUGACCGAAGAUGAUUAUCAACGUGUCUGCGGGCUGCGAGGCGCGGAUUUGGGCUGGCUGGCCGGAAAGCUGGACCAGAGAGCCGUUAGAGAACAAUUCGAGGCAUUGGGUCUGUCGCCGAGCCGGCUGGGAAAGUUAUCUUCGCGCAUCGGCGAUAUCCUUCACAUGUUUGAUCCACUCGUCAACAUAGCGGAGAUGUGGCGCGGUUUCAACGCUAGUGACAAGCAGAGUCUCUACGAUCACUUCUUCUGCGGCCAGGACCCUUUGAAUACGGAAGCCUCUUCGAAUGUGCCGCCACAACACAAAGUGACCACAGUGUUCGACAAAGUAUUCGCUCCGGUGAUCAACUUUGUCUCAAACCUAACGCCUGGCCACGAUCAGGGCACUAACCAAACCCAUUGCGGCGACAUCAAAUUGCAUGACGACUUGGCAUGCUCCGAACUUGAGUCACAAGCAAUCCGCCAGCUUCGUCCGCUGCUCUCCGGCUUUAUCCUUGUCACCCCGGACAACAUCGCCACCCGGCAACUUGUCGAAAAACUGGAGGCCCCAUUACGGGAAAUGCAAAAGUUGAUGGACACUGUGAAGCAGCUGGCCGGUAUCAGCGGUCCUUUCCAAAAAGUACUUCACGACAGCCAAUUGGCGCAUGGUCUUGCGAACCUGAUGGACCUUCUCUACAAAUAUGAAUACAUUAGUUCCUCGACGGUAGAUGAGGUGAAAAAGUUGCUCGGGCCGGAAGGGCAAUCCGGGGCUUUCGGGACGAGGUUGGGCGAUAUCAUGAGUACCAUCGAUAAAUAUGGAAAGUGCUUCAUGACGGAUCGAUUCCGUUUCGUGUCAAAUGAGAGCCGGCUGGAAGAGCUGUCGAUUUGCCUACAGCCCCGUCAGCAGUACUUUAGUGCUCUCGUUUUUCCAGAAAUGAACCCUGAUGCUACGGAUUUCACGAAUACUACCGUUUACAAGAUUCGACACGCCCAGCAGCUUGUGGACGGCACGGACAGCAUCGCCGACUCGAACAAAAACGUCGAGCCGAGGAACCACCCACUAGAAGAUAUGAAAUACCUGACGUUUGGAUGGUCCUUCCUGCAAGAAGCCGUCGAUCGGGCUAUCAUCCGGCUUACGAAUGAAUCCGUCCCUCUCGGCGUAUACUCGCAACAAGAGCCCUACCCUUGCGUGCUCCAAGACCAAUUCGACGUCACCGGAUUUCUUUCCUUCUUUGUCGUAUUAUCAUGGAUCAUCCCUUCGGCGAUGCUUGUCAAGAAUAUUGUUUAUGAAAAGGAGCACAAGCUGAAGGAACUAAUGCGCAUUAUGGGCCUUGGCGACACCAUCCACUUCAUUUCAUGGGCAAUUUUGUCGCUGGUGCUGAACAUCAUCUCCGCCCUGUUGAUCACCAUCAUUCUAUGGGCCGGUAAUAUUCUUGGCCACACCGACCCGUCACUGCUGUUUUUCUUGCUGACCUUGUUCGCCUUCUCUUCAAUAGCACAAUCGUUGCUGCUCACGACAUUUUUCUCAAGCUCAAACAUUGCCACCGCGGCGACAGCACUGAUGUGUCUGCUUUUCUCGUUUCCGUUCAUGCUGUCGAAGAGCAUCGUCUCUAAAGCCUACUCCAAGGCUACGUUGUUACUCCCCCAAUCUGCAAUCGGCUAUGCCUUCCAAAUGAUCGGAUCGGCGAACAAGGAGGAUGUGGCCCAAUGGAAAUAUGUUCACCGCAUGGCUAUUGCUCAAAUGGACGUGAAAAUGUGGGAAGUAAUGUUGGCUCUCGGGUUUCAUACAAUCUUCUUCUCGAUCCUGGCCUGGUACAUCUCGGCAUUAUUCCCAGGCGUCUACGGCGUGGGGCAGCGUUGGUACUUCCCUUUCACCCUUCGAUACUGGAUGCCCCAGCGUUUCAACGUUACCGAAGAGGCUUCCUCCAAUUCCGGCGGCCCGUUGUAUGACGAAUCACUUGGCUUUGAGUCGGAACCCCGGGAGGGCGUCUGCCAAGUCGACAUUGCCGAUCUCACCAAAGUAUAUUCGAGUCAGGUCAAAGCGCUCGAUGAGCUGACGCUGCGGCUUUAUGAGGGUCAAAUUACGGCGCUGCUCGGGCACAAUGGCGCUGGAAAAACUACGACGAUGUCACUGCUUUGUGGUCUCUACGGGCCAAGCUCCGGGACAGCUACGAUCUAUGGCCACGAUAUCCGAAAGAAUAUGCGCAACGUCCGUGAUGUUCUCGGAAUCUGCCCCCAGCAUAACGUCCUCUUUCCACAUUUGACCGUCCGUGAGCAGCUCCGUCUCUACGCGGUCCUGAAGGGCGUUUCUGAUGAGGAUACGGAGGAAGAAGUCAACAACAUCAUGGAUAGCGUCAGCUUAUGGGAGAAGCGUGACAAACUCGCAGAAACGCUUUCUGGUGGUAUGAAGCGAAGACUUUCCAUCGGCAUUGCCCUCAUCGGUGGUUCGAAAUUCGUGAUUCUCGAUGAACCCACGGCCGGGGUAGACGUGAACUCGCGCAAGGAAAUUUGGAGGCUGUUGCUGAAGCAUAAAAAAGACCGAACGAUCCUCCUCUCGACUCACCACAUGGAUGAAGCCGAUGUGCUGGCCGAUCGGAUCGCUAUCCUCUCAGAGGGUAAAUUGAAGGCCCUGGGAAGUAGCGUCUACCUGAAACGCUGUCAUGGUCACAGCUACACACUGAUCCUGAUCAAGAAGAAUCGUUCUCCUUUGGAACUGCAGCGGCCACUUGAUGAUGUCGCCACCGAUAUCAAGUGUCGCUUUGUGGAAGAGACGGAAGAAGAAAUGAUCUACCACAUUCCGAUCGCCACCUCCAGCCACAGCCUUCAAAAGUUCUUCGAAUCAUUGGAUAAAGUUAUGGAUGCCCUCGGCUUCUCCAGCUACGGAAUACAAGCCCCGUCACUACAGCAGAUCUUUGUCAGCCUAGCCCCGCAGAACGAGUACAAGCUGCAAAGGAUGAAGGGGCCGAUGCGCCGAAUUUACGAUGCUCUAUGCUGUCGUGGCCGUCUCUGUCAGAGACAAUCCGUCGAAGACUGCAAUCAGACGCUGAUUCAUGGAACUGAAGGCACCGCCCGGAUUGACGCCCCGCUCGAAGUUGUAGAUGCCGUCGUCGAAAAGGAAGCCAGUUGGCUAGAAACCCCAGUUCCCCUUGAUACCUCAACAUCUCAUCUGAACAUCGCCCACGCCAGGGCCCUGUUCGCAGCCAAAACGCUGUUCGCCAAGCGCAGUUGGCGCACCUUCUUUUUCCAGAUCUUCUUGCCUGUCCUGCUCCUACUCGGCGCCGAGCUGUAUUCAAACAUUGUCAGCCCUCGGGAAGAAGGGACUUGGCCGGUGCGUAUGGUCGAAACAUUUGAAGAAGUGCCAGGCGUCGGCGUGCGCUGUCUCCCCUACACCGUAGAAGCAGACAACGGGACAGUGCUGAUGCCGUAUGGUCGGAGGGUGCCGGUUCGCGGGCAGUUGCCUGGAUAUGAGAAGGAUAAGAAGACGAUAGGAGAGAUCAUCGACCCUUCAACAGAUCAUCCAACCGUCUCCCUGAUCGAGCACAUGGACUACGAGUACCACGGACGGGCCAAUUCCGCCCUCGGCCCUCGCUCAAUCCGUGCAAAACAUUUCAACCCGGCGUGCUAUCGACCGGACGAGGCAGCAGAUGAUUCCUUUCAACUGCUUGACAACAACCUGACCGGCAUCCCGUACAACAUCGAUUCUGAUUGCGGAUGUCAUCCCGGAAUGGGAUGGACUUGUACGCAGGAUGACUACCCGAUCGCCGAACUUCCCUACUUCCUCUCGGCCAACACAACCGAUGUGAUCCGCGAUCUCUCCGGGCGCAAUAUCACCCAAUAUCGUCUCAUCACACGCUUCGUCCACUCUUACGAAAAUAUGCACUCGAUCAUCGGCGGCUGGUCGCUUGGGCACGAAAAUGUCCAAGCGCUCAAUGGGACAGAAGCCGAAGAGCUGUUCGGAGGGAUACAGGAUACGUUCUCGCAGCUGGCUGCUGCCGGCUUGGAGCUUGGCCUCAACAGCACGUUGUGGACCGGAAACUCGACAGCGAUCAACGACACUUUCACCGGGAAUAUAACCACCGAGCAGGUGAUCGGCGACAUCCUUGCCCACCAGGACACAAAGGAAAAUGUGAAGGUGUGGUUCAACAACAAAGUAUGGCCCUCCCUGCCCAUCUACUACAACUCGAUCAGCAACGCCCUCCUUCGCGCCAUCGCCGCCAACAACUCGCAGCUCGCUGAACAUGCCGACAACCUGGGCAUCGUCACCUUCAACCACCCGAUGAACCGAACGGCGGAGGAUUCAUUCGACGCCGCUCAAGUGUCCGAUGUCCUUUGGUUGAUGCUGGCCAUGUUUCGGAUUGUGCUGUUGACAUUUACGUUCUGCGUGAUCCCGGCCGGAUUUGCGUCAUUCUUGGUGACAGACAGAGAAUCGCACAGCAUGCAUCUUCAACUGGUAUCUGGGAUGAAGCGAAAGAUGUACUGGUCCGUCGAAUACAUCUUCGACUUUAUGAUCUUCCUCCUGGCAAGCUUUGUCGUGCUGGGGAUGUACGCGAUCGUCGGCGUCAACGAACUCACCGUCAAUUUCCACACGGCCAUGUCUUUCCUGACGCUGUUCCUCAUCUAUGGACUCGGUGCCCUGUUGCUAGUCUUCGUUCUGCAACGACACUUCUCAAUCCCCUCCUUGGCGUUUGUCCUCAUCUCCAUCGGCCUCUUCUUCAUCGGCGUCGUCACCUCGAUGGUCAUCAUCGUGCUCGAGCAGUUGAUGAAACAGGACGCGACGCUGGAAGGCGCUUACAACGUGUGCUCGGUGUUGUUCCUCGUCCUCAGCCCACAGUACAACCUCGGGAUGGGUGUCUAUAGGGGCUCCUUCGUCUACCAGAUUCGCCACUUUGCCACGAUGAUCCUGGUUGGCUUGAAUCGAGAGGACCAGAUCACGCAUAUUCCGCUGCCGAGCCUCCUCGAAUGGGACCUGAUGGGGAGACAUGUCUUCGCACUCGUGUGCCAAGCCAUCGUACUACUCGUCAUAUUUUGUGUCGUUGAGAACGGCAGAUUUGGGAUUUUGAGACGCCUGGAUCGAUACCGUACGACUCGUGCCCUGGAGAAGUCCCGUGUCGAGGAAGAUGAGGACGUGUCGCGAGAACGUGAACGAGUGCUCGCCAUCCGAGCCCACCGAACCGAACAAGAACACGCCGGCCUUGUUGUCUACGAUUUGGCAAAAACCUACGGUUCUCACCUGGCCGUCAAGGGCGUCAGUUUUGCCGUGGCGCCGGGCGAAUGCUUUGGUCUCCUCGGUGUUAAUGGCGCUGGAAAAACGACCACUUUCGGCAUGUUGACGGGCAAGGAAGCGCUGGGCCAUGGCGAGGUCGAAAUGGCCGGACAUAGGGUGGUACACGGCGAUUCCGAGGGAUUCCGAAGGCUCGGCUACUGCCCACAGUUUGACGCCCUCCAUAUGAGACUGACCACUCGGGAACAGCUCGUCUUCUACGCGCGAAUCCGCGGAAUCCCGGAGCACAACAUCAAGCAGGUCGUAUCUUCAUUGCUGCUAUCACUGCAUCUUCGUCCCUACGCCGACACUUUGACCGGAGACCUGUCUGGUGGCAACAAACGGAAACUUUCGGUGGCUGUCGCCCUGAUCAGCCAACCGCCAGUCAUAUUGCUGGACGAACCAUCAGCCGGAAUGGACCCCGGAUCCCAACAAUUCCUCUGGACGGUAGUCACUCGACUUCGAAAAGCUGGUCGGGCCGUCGUCCUGACCUCUCAUUCGAUGGAGGAAUGCGAGGCGCUUUGCACCCGAAUCGCGAUCAUGGACGAUGGGCGGGUCCGGUGCGUCGGCUCCAAGCAGCAUUUGAAGACGAAAUUCGGCGAGGGUUACACGCUCUCCCUGAAGACGCCGGAUGCUCGUGGAGCGGAGCAGGCGGCUGAAAUACUACUCCUCGGGAUCCCGCAAGCACGGGUGACUGCCAUCCACUGUUCUACCGUAUUCCUGCAUAUCCCGGACGGCGUGGCCAGCGUCGCCGAACUAUUGCAUCACGUCAACAAGGUGAAAGAGACGGUGGUCGUGGAGGAUUUUGCCCUGUCCCAGACGACGCUUGACGACAUCUUCCAAUCGAUAUCUGAUCGAAGCCCACAAGCGGCCAAGUAUCGAGAUACCGCCGAAGGGAGGCCCACCGCCACUUCUUCGUCUUCUACGUCACAGUUACAGACGAGCCCGCCAGACUACGUGCCCACAGACCCGGCACCGACCACAUCGGAGCCAACCCUAUCCGAUCGAUUG